AAAAACGCAGCGCCGCACUAGAAUUUAAUUUUUCUCAGCAGUCGAAUCGCAGGGUACAAAUAUUUUAGUCAUCUGUUCUUCGUUCAGCUCAGUUCGCUCUGCCAUUUUGGAAAAUAUUGAGUUUCAUUCUGAUUCUAGUGUUCUCGCUGUCUGAGAAAAAGAAAGAUAAGAAAAAAUACCAAAAGAAAACGGGGUCCUCAAGAAUUUCCAACCAAAGUGCAAAGGAAUUUCUAACCCGUCAUUGAAAAUAACAUUAAACAAGUCAAAACUCCCCAAACCAAUAAGAAUUUUUUGAAAAACUUUAAAUUUUCAAUCGAAAAUUCUUCCAAUCGAGGUAUUUUUCUAAUCGAGAAAAGUUUAUUUUUUCCUCUCGUCGUGUCGUGUAAGGAAAACUUUUCUUUCUACUAGAAAACUAGAAUAGAAAUAAAAACUGUAUUCGGGAAGUGAUUAGUGGCGAAAUAGUUUCUAUUGAACAACGCAGAAGAACAGAUAUUUCCUGUGCUAAAUAAAACCUAAAGCAGAGAAGCGAAAACCAAGAAGAAAAAAAGGAACUUUUGUUUCCGUCAUCAUUCAAGUGAAGGAAAUCCAUCGAAAAUCGAUCUAAUAAUGCAUAAGAUGGCAGCACCUACUGGGCCAGCCCAGCUCGAGGCACCACUGGCGGCGCCAAAGUACGGGACACUUAUCCCGAAUCGAAUUUUUGUUGGUGGCAUUAGUGGUGAUACAACAGAAUCAGAACUAUGUCGUGUGUUUUCCGCCUAUGGCAAUGUCAAAUCGACAAAGAUCAUCGUGGACCGAGCUGGAGUGAGCAAAGGAUAUGGCUUCGUAACCUUCGAAACGGAGCAAGAGGCUCAGAGACUACAAACUGAGGGUGAAAGUGUUGUGCUCAGAGACCGGAAGCUGAAUAUUGCCCCUGCAAUUAAGAAGCAAUCAAUCGUGGCAACGAAUGGUGCUGUGUACUACACAACAACACCACCAGCUCCUAUAAGCAAUAUGCCUAUUGAUCAAUUUGCUGCAGCGGUUUACCCACCAGUUACUGAUUUUUCCGCAGCUGGUGUGCCAACUUUAUACCCACCUUCAAUGCAAUAUCAGCCGUUCUAUCAAUACUACAGCGUGCCAAUGAAUGUACCCACCAUCUGGCCCCAAAACUAUCAAGGUAAUUGAGAAUUCCAGAAUUAGCAGCAUGCAACAGAUUAAUUUAUGAUUUGCAUUUAUCCGUGUUAAUUUCGAGGACAAAUAACACAAUUUACAAAAAAGAGUCAUCAUCAUUCAUAAAUUAAGUGAAACAAAAAGAAAAACUUUGUUGUGGGUAUAUUCAGGCUACACCAAAGAUAGUUUUUUUUUUGCUAACCGCGAAACAAAAUAAAUAGAAGAAAAUAGUAACUCAUGCACAACAUAUUGAGUUGAAUUAUAUAUAUUUAUGUAAAUAAAAUAUAUAUUCACACUAAACUAACAACAACAGAAGGAAGACAAGCUGAUAUAGCAACUAACGACAUAAUGCAUAUAUUAUUUAUUUAAAACAAAACAAAAAACAUAGAUUAUAUUAAAAUAAAAAAAUAUAUAUAAUAUAUUAAAAACAAACCUAAUUUAUGUAUAAACGUAACACAUAGUUAAUUAUAUAUAUAUACUAUACAUAGAUAAGUAAAUUAUUACGUAUAACAAGAGAAAGCAUCACAAACAUACAGUAGGUAAAAAUAAAACAAAAACAAAAAAAAAACUAAAUAACAUACUAAACUUAGUGACAACAAAAAAAAAAACAUAACGAAAAAUUAUAAGCAAUAUAAUAAACCAAGAAGUGGAUAAAUUCAUUAACCAUAUAGAAAAAUAAAUAAAAUAUAUAUAUUAAAAGAAAUAGUAUUAGCAUUGGAUGAACAAAGUAAUGCAAACAAAACGAAAAUUCAACAAAAAAUCAAAAAAGACAACAAAAUUUUGUUAUACACCAUAAUUUUAGUGUUAAUUUAUUAUAAUUAUAAUUAUUAUUAUUAUUGUAUAAUUCUAAUAAACGAUGAGUGCGAAGUGGUGUUAUGGUUUUUAAAUAAACCAAACCAAGUAUAAUGAGAAUUUAUAAAAAGAAAAAAACACAAAUGCGCAAAAUUCUCAGAUUUUGAUUAAUAUUCAUUGAAGAAAAGAAAAAAUAUAUAUAUACAGAAAUAUAUAUAUAUAUUGAUAUUAUUUAUUAAUAAUUAGUGGAUAUAUUUAAAUAUGCAGUGCAUUUCUUUUGAGAUGUACAUUUUUUACUCAACAAAAAUAUUAUACAUGAUAUAUGUGCAUAAUUAAGUCAUUCUCAAAAAAAGAAGAAAACAAAAAGAAGAAAGUAAACCACUCAUUGACUAUAAACAAAACUACAAAAACAAAAAUUUAAAAAUAAAAUAUUUAUUCAAAAGCAAAAUAAUAAAAAACAAAUAUAACGCAACAUACGCAAUUGUUUUGUGUUGCAUUUAAUAAUAAUAAUAAAAUUAAAGAAAAACAAAAAAUUAAAAAAACUGUGUCCCAGUACACACACUCUCUCUCGCCCUCUCUCUCUCUCACAGAGGAGGAAAGAGGCAAAUUCAAGCAAUAAAAUGCAUAAACAUUAUUAUUAUAUUUAUUUUUAUUUAUAGUAUUGUUCCCAUUAUGCAGUGCAUAAUGCGAAACAUACAAU